AUGAACGACUCCGAAUUUUAUGGACCGAUCAGAAAUGUCCUCAGAAACAUCAUUAUUUGUGCUGGCGAACCACUCGUACCGUCGGAGAGCAUCUUAGAACUGUUUUAUCAACAUUUGAUUUCGGUGACCACAUCCUGGAUCAUGAAGUUCCAAAAUACCAACCUCACCUUUGAAGGUAUUCUUCGUGUUAUACAAAACCAACCGCGAAAGUUGAAUCGCGUGUUUAAUUACUUUCGAGUUCUGGCGGGUACAUCUGAAUUCAGUUUGGCGGAGGGGGAUGACUUUUCAUUGGAUUCUUCUCGAGCACUCAAUCGAUUUUAUGAUUUAUGCAAUACGUUGAAGAUAGUCCUUCCCCAAGACCAAACAGCUACCGUCGUACAGUCCCCGUUUAUGAAAGGUCAAAAGUUGCGCCUUCAUCGAAUAGAUCGUAGAAUAUCUCUCAUGUCUGUCGAAGAAUACCUGGAGUUCACAAAACUUCGACAAUCUGCCAGUUUCUUGAGCCUGAUCAAACUUGGUGCGAAACAGACGUUCAAACUUUGGAUUAUGCAUUGUGAAAACUCUCUUGAUGAUCACACGAAAGAGCGUCAGUCUCUAUUUUCAGCCUGUUCCGAAAAGGACGACCGAACCGGCUUGUGCUUGUUGGCCCAUUUGAUCACAGAUGAUAUCCUAGACUUGAUAGAUGUUGUGCUCUAUUUACGUCGUAAGUUCGCCAUUGAAUUAUCAUCCCCUUUAACGCCGAUCGAAAUCAAACAGGGUAUCCAACAACUGAGACUACUUUCAAGCUCCUUUUAG